AUGUUGGAUAGAAAUCGUAGAUCAUCGAAAGAAAACGUUAAUUAUUCUACAGUAAGCUUGAAUUAAAUAGCAGCAAAGUGUUCGCACGGAGGAAGAUACAAAAGCAAAUAUCUGGCCAACGAUCAAGGAUCGGGUGUGGCUUGGCAUGUUGGGACCUGACUUUACAGCCCAUGCAGUCAAGCCUCAUGGCAUCUAUCAGAUCUUGAAAUUUGAGAGAAAAGAACCCCUGCCAGGAAAAACGAAUAUGGGAGAGCAAACCGAACAGGCGGAUCGAUUUCGAUUCGUCCUCUCGGAAUGCAGGCACUAUCUUUGCAUGGCCUCGACGCUGUUUCCCAAUUCGAGAACAUUCGUCAAUAACCCUUCGAACGGAUGCCCCGCAACAAAAACACUGAUAUCUGAGGAAAUGGGUUCUAGGCUAUGUCUUUACCAACGACACCAAGCAAGGAGCGCAAUCGCUUGA